AUGGGCUACUACUACAAGUGCGAAACACCCAGGGGCGACACUGGCAACCACAACAACCUCUGGAAAGAUGACGCUACUCACACCAUCUCCAUUUACCUCCUCGUUACCUGUUGGGAUAAGCCCUUAGUCCUUGGAUGCCUCUCGGCCUUUCUUCACACUUCAAGCCGAUCACUGUUCUUACUUUCACACCUAGGAAGACGAGAGCUUGCCCAGGUGAGAUUAUCGUCCGUAGGUAUGACUGUAGACCUCAGAUUCCAAACCCCUAAUCUUCGCUGGCCACUGGGUCGCGAGACUGCACUCAAAUCCAGGUCAUCGACUAGCCGACCUUUCAGCUGCAUGAUCAAGGCAAUCGCUUCUGUUCCUCCCCCAAGUUUACGGAUAGGCAUCUGUCACUUGUGUGAAAGGAGCAGUCGAACACAUACGACUGCUGCGGGAGGGAGACUAGAUUGGGAGCAAAGCAGGCAAGUUCAGUAUGUGGGGAGGGCCGAAUAUGUCAGUUCUUCAAUAUCUGCGGCUUCAUUCCAUGAGCUCCAGAUGCAUCACAUGCACAUGCACCUAUCUGAAGCCCCAUUUCAAACUGUCUCGAUCUCCAAGGCAAAACACUGCAUAGACAACCCAUCACGGCCCUCCGACUGGCUGUCCAGUGACAGCCAUCUCGCCAAUUGUCCCAUGGCUACCUCAUCGCCUAUCCAAGCAGUCACCUCGCCGUCUAACCCCCAACUCGGGAUCUCCGAACUAAUGAUCACAUUUCCAUUAGCAUGGACCAAGAUUCCCGCCGUGCUAGCGGUCCGUUACGUGCGGGAGCGGCGUCAUCAGCCGCAUCCUGGUUCGCGGAGAUAUUCUGGCGGCGUAAUCAAGGGCGUUAGGGUUGGCAUUAGAGGGAAUGUGGACAAGGCCAUUGAAGGGGGGUUGGGAGGGCUUGGGAGAUGUAUGCUUGGUUCGGUGGAUCUAGAUCGACAGGCUGCUGGGUCAGGAACGAGAGUGGGUUGGGGGAUGGAUUGCGUAGGUGAUGGGCUGAGAGGUGGCGCAGACUGGGUGGUGAAGGGGAGGAGAUAUAGCAGGGGGUUUCGCCCUCGUCUUCGGAAUGAGAUACUGCUCUUAACAAUCUUGAAGCUUUUCUUUAUUCGUGAAAUCAUUACCCUUGUUUUCAUUCCCAUUAACCGCAAUCUUCGCGCCCAAAGCUCGUUCGGCCACGAUCUUGUGACAACCCCAAUCCCAACUCUAACUCCAACCUACACAACGCUCCCACAAACACCAACACAGCCCAUCACGCUCACCGCCACAUUCACUCCAGCUUCCUCCAACUCCCUUUCACUAUCGCCAUCUGGAAGCGAAAUAUCGUUGAUUGUAACCCUAGCCGGGAGUCCACAAUAUCAACGCCCUUAUUAUUAUCAUAUUAAUCCUGAAUACGCCUGUGGUUUGAGUAUAAAGCCGUCUGGCCACGGAAAGGAGGGCAAUAGCUCUGAAUACGCCACUGUCCUGGAUAUAAGUUCGUCUGGCCACGGAAUGGAGGAAGUGAUCUCUCAUCCUCGACAGCGGCCACAACCGCAACCUCCAGUUUCCAGCUCGAUCUCUUUAGCACGUAUUCCGUCGCAGCUCUCUUUCUACACCAAACCGAUUCCCGAAGCAAUGACCAUAGCCAUGGACCUGGAGUCCCCACCCUCGCUCUCCCUACCCCCUUCACACCCGAUUCCACUUGCAAAGCGACGCAAAGUAUCCAAUCUUUUCGGUAAAUACCCCUUCCGCCUCUCCUUUUCUCUCUCUGGGCACCGGCAUCCGUCCCAAGAAGAUCACAUCCCGCCGGAGGAUAUGAACACUUCGACUGGUGCCAUUUCGACCAUAGGAUCUGGUUCUGGACUUGGGGAUGGUGAUGACGAUGACGAUGAAGCCUUGAGUCCACCUGUUUCGCCUACCACGACUGAUAGCCCGAAGUCUACUACUGCUACUGUUGACAGCGAUGGUGAAAGUAAGACAAAGACAUUUAGGCUGGGCCUCCAUCUCCAUGACCCUGACCCAUGCCCGCACGGAAAGAAAGUGAAUGACAAGACCAUCGACCCAGGCUUCCCCUUCCACGGCCCCCUGCCAGACCACAGUAUCCGCGACCGUGAUCUAGGUUCCGCGUCCUCAGACAUCUCUCUCACUCAUGCUGUCUUCAAAGCCCAUCCAGGGACCUUGGUGACUUUCUCGAGUGUCUCAGAGCCGGAGCUUAGGACGCCUAUGAUAGGUGUUAAUAUUCUCUCGCCCGGCCUUCCGAGUCCUGGAACUAUUGAGAUUAUCGAUUCUGGUGAGCAUGCAUCGCCGCGUCCAUCACUUGGAUCAAUGUACUUCGGCGCAAACACAGAGAUUGUCACCGACGCCGACUACAAGUCGCAAAAACUCGCCCACCGCACCCGCUCCCUUGAAGAACGCGACCGGUUGUUACGGGAAGGUCAGUCGGAUGGCCAAGUCCGUCAAGAAUCCACCUGCUCUAGCUCUAGCACCAGCUCAAGUGCAGAGCUAUUUUUGUAUCAUGUGCGGGAGAGUAUGGAGGCGAGGAGGAGUCGGGAUGAAGGGAGGGAGGGGGAAAGCGAGGGUUGGGCUAGGAAGUGUGAGUACGAUGUCUUUGUUGACGAGGGGCUUAGGGGGUUUAUUGGGGAUGAGCCGUUAUGA